CCCACUUCCUGGCCCAAUCCCAUUUCCAUUGAUUGGUAGUCUCGCGAUUUUCAUUGAAGACGUCGACGACUGGUUUUGGAGAUUAAAUAAAAAAUACGGACACAAUGGCAUAUACGAAUUGAAUAUUGCUGGCAAUAGACAAAUCGUUGUUACCCGCGCGGAAUAUGCCAAUAUUCUCCUGGAUAACAAGUCGCAUAUGAUGAGAACCCCAAAUAACGGUCUGUUGGAUUUAUUUGACCUCGAAAAGAAAGGACUGGGAAUGAAUCAUAAUUACAACCAUUGGAAAGUCAACCGUCCCAUUUUUUCACGCGCUUUUAUUCCAUUGAGUGUAAUCGAGAAAGCGAAUACCAUUGGAAACCGACUGUCUGAAGAAAUGAUACAACAUUGGAUCGACUUGAAGCAUCCAGGGGAGAAAUACACCGUUAUCGAUGUCCCUGUUUGGAUGCGGCGUUUUACGGCGGAUUUCAUAUCUACGAUGGCAACUGGAAAGCAAAUGUCUAUUAUGAAACACUAUUGUCAGAAGCUAAAGAAUGAACCGCUCACCGAAGAGAUACUCGGAACCGAAGAACUUGUCGAGUGUAUACAUGACUUUAUAUCAGACAAUCAAAUGGUAUUUGUACCAAAAGGUUUAAGAAACAUGCCGUUUAUAAAACCGCGUGUGGACAGAUUGUUGAAUACUUGUGACCGGUUUUACAAACAACUGGUGGACAUUAUUAAAGAAAGAAGAAAAAAAAUUGAAAAGGAAAUCAUGCAUGGCAAACUUAACACGGAACAGAUGGAUUUGCUGACAUCUUCAAUCAUUGCUUAUACAAAAUAUGAUCCUCAUCCUCAAGAAAACGUUGAUCCAUCAUUAGCAAGACCAAUGACUGAUGACGAAAUUCGUGGUCUCCUGUUUGAUGCGUUUAUUGGCGGUACAGAUACGAUCGUAAAUACUUUUACUUUCGCAUUAUAUUACAUCAUGCACCAUCCAGAAGUCAAAGAAAAAUUGUUGAAAGAGAUUGAAACAGUGUUUAAAGAUGACCCAAACAGACCGAUAACAUUAGAAGAUGUUUCAAAAUUAAAAUACACUGAAGCAAUUGUUAAAGAAACGUCAAGGAUAAGACCUACGGUUAGCAUGCUCUCGAGAUAUGUCAAUCCACCCAACGGGUUGGCAGGAUACGUGUGGCCGACCAAAGCGCUCUUUGUAAUGUACUUCCGUGGAAUUAACAACAAUCCUCGUUAUUGGAAAGAUCCUGAUAGGUUUAUCCCAGAAAGGUUUUAUGAGUCUCGAGAGAUAUAUAAAAAUUCCUUUUUAAUGUUUGGUGGAGGACCGGGAAUCUGUCCAGGCAGAAAGCUUGCAAUGCACAAUUUAAAAAUGUUAUUAGCCGCUCUUUACAGAAAGUUUGAUGUCGAAUUGAUAGAUAUGCAAGCACCUUUAAAAGUAAGGACUCAAACAAUCUCAAUGUGCCAUAACCUAAAUAUCAGGGUUGUUCCUAAGGAAUAG